UAGCUCUCCUGCCACAGCCCCCCAUUCCCUGAAAGUCUGCCCUGUACCAAAUUCAUCUCCACCACCUUCCUUGUCAGGAGCACUUCUCAGCUGCUGAGCCAGCCACUCUUUCACAGUCGUGCUGAAACAAACUGGGACACUGGCUGAUGAGAGCAAGCCUCAUGUGCUUGGCAGCCUCAUGUCCCCUGAUCUCUCUUAUCCCUAGCCAUAACUUCCAGACCAGUGCCAUUUCAAUAGACAGUGACCAGCAGCCAGGUUCACUGGGACUGAAGCUGCCAUAACAGCUGGCUGGCUCGGGUGGGAUUGGAACUGUGUUUGGGAGCCUCAUCAUUGCAUCUGGCAGGCACUCUUCUCUGAAGCAACAGCUCUUCUCCUAUAUCAUUCUGGGCUUUGCCCUCUCAGAGGCCACAGGGCUCUUUUGCCAGAUCAUAGCCUUUUCUGACCUCUUUUCCAUGUUAAGAAGCCCUUUCCAGCUGCCAUAGUUCUUUCUCCCAAGUCUCGUCUGCCCUGUAUCUUCCUUUUCCUAUACAUUCUCAGGCAGCAUAGGGAAAGCAGAUGGCUCAGGGUCUGACUAAGGGAAAACAAAUACUGUAUUAAUAAGAAGGGGGAAAAUGUCAUAUCAAAAAAAAGUACUAUAUGAUUCCAUUUAUGUAAAAUUCUAGGAAAUACAAUCUAUAGUGACAGAAUACAUUAUCAGGGGUUCUGG